AUGCUAAAACUAAUUAUCCCAACAGUCAUACUACUACCCCUAACAUGACUCUCCAAAACACACAUAAUCUGAAUCAACACCACCACCCACAGUCUUAUCAUCAGCUUCAUCCCCCUACUAUUCCUCAACCAAACCAACAGCAACCUGUCCAGCUACUCCCUCCUUUUCUCCUCCGACCCCUUAUCAACCCCCCUUCUAAUAUUAACAACCUGACUCCUGCCCCUCAUAAUUAUAGCAAGUCAACAUCACCUAUCCAACGAACCUCCCUCACGAAAAAAACUAUACCUCUCCAUACUAAUCUCUCUUCAAAUCUCCCUAAUCAUAACAUUUACAGCCACAGAAUUAAUUAUAUUUUACAUCCUCUUCGAAACCACUCUCAUCCCCACCCUAAUCAUUAUCACCCGCUGAGGCAACCAACCAGAACGCUUAAACGCAGGCACAUAUUUUCUAUUCUACACACUAGUGGGCUCCCUCCCCCUACUUAUUGCCCUAACCCACACCCACAACACCCUAGGCUCACUCAAUAUUAUACUACUAACUCUUACCGCCCGAGAACUGACAGACUCAUGAUCUAACAGCCUAAUAUGACUAGCAUACACAAUGGCUUUCAUGAUAAAAAUACCCCUUUAUGGAGUACACCUAUGACUCCCCAAAGCCCAUGUCGAAGCCCCCAUUGCCGGCUCAAUAGUACUCGCCGCAGUACUCUUAAAGCUAGGUGGUUACGGCAUAAUACGCCUUACCAUCAUCCUCGACCCCCUAACUAAACACAUAGCCUACCCCUUUCUCGUACUAUCCCUGUGAGGUAUAAUCAUAACAAGCUCCAUCUGCUUACGACAAACUGACCUAAAAUCACUCAUCGCAUACUCCUCAGUUAGCCACAUAGCACUUGUUGUAGCAGCUAUCCUCAUCCAAACCCCCUGAAGCUUCACCGGCGCAACCACCCUCAUGAUUGCCCACGGACUCACAUCCUCCCUACUAUUCUGCCUAGCAAACUCAAACUACGAACGAACCCACAGCCGCAUCAUAAUCCUCUCUCAAGGCCUUCAAACUCUACUCCCCCUGAUAGCCCUCUGAUGACUUCUAGCAAGCCUCACUAACCUUGCCCUACCACCCACCAUCAACCUACUAGGAGAGCUCUCCGUACUAAUAGCCAUAUUCUCUUGAUCUAACAUCACCAUCCUACUAACAGGACUCAACAUAUUAAUCACAGCCCUAUACUCCCUCUACAUAUUCAUCACAACACAACGAGGCACACCCUCACACCACAUCAACAACAUAAAACCCUCUUCCACACGUGAAAACACCCUCAUGCUCAUACACCUAUUCCCUAUCCUCCUCCUAUCCCUCAACCCCAGCAUCAUUGCUGGGCUCACCUACU